AUGGCAUCUGAAUCAUUACCGGCGUUGCCAAACAACUAUGUGACGGCGCUCCAGCUCAUUGAUGAAGCGCACGCGCAGGAUCCGAGAAAGGCCACACCAAGGAGUGCUGCAGCUGAUGACACUGAUGUUCCCUUUGAGCUGGACUAUGCCCAAAAGAUGACCCGAUGGUUGGCCAAGAGAUGCCCCGACGCAUCGCCAGUACUGCAGCUUGCCUGUCGAGCGCAACAUUUUCGAAGAUGGGAGAUACCUCGCAGCAGCUAUCCCAUGACGCGUCCAGGCUAUCUCACCUGGAGGGCCAAGCUCAAGGCACAGGCCGCAACUCAGGUGGCAGAACUGCUGUCGACAUCCGCCUCGAUCCAACCGCCGCUGCCAUCUGAAGAAGUUGACCGCAUCGCGGCGCUGAUACGCAAGGAAAAUCUAGCUGCGGACCCCGAGGCGCAGGCGCUUGAGGACACUGCGUGCCUUGUAUUCCUCGACGACCAGUUUGACGACUUUGAGCGUAAGCCCGAGAUCGACGAGGACAAGGUCGUGGGCAUCUUGCAAAAGACGUGGGCCAAAAUGAGCUCGCCCGGUCGUGAGCUGGCGCUCGCCAUGGAUUUGAGCGACAGGACAAAGGCUUUAAUUGGCAAAGCGUUGGCCUCCCCUUAA